AGUCAGAACGGUGCCAAGUCUCGAAGCGGCAGCACACAGCUCGGAGAAUAAAUUUUCGGAAUAAAAAAAAAUACUUUGUAAAAGUUUAAAAAAUAGUUCACCCAAACCCAUUUAACAAAAACCAAAGCAUAAAGCAGUGAAUAGUGCCAUUUAUCAAAAUUUACCACAAAACAACAAGUUUUGGAAUUCCAUGCUGUUUCGCUACGCGCAUUCUCUUCGGACUUCCCAGUGCAAUUAAUUGAAAAGAUCCCUUUUUCACAUCAGGGUUGCUUUGGAAAAUAUAACAGCAGUUUUCGGCAAUUCGUGCCAACGUAAAUAAAAUCAAAUCAAUUCGCGGCGAUCUGGCAUCUCUGUCUGCAGGGCUACUCCGAUAAACCGACGUUCAUUGCGCGCGAAAACAGUCAAUCGCUUCUCAAUCGCCGAGAUUUGUUAUUUUCGGCUGCUGUUGCUGUUUUAGUUGACGGACUGGCUACCGGAAACGCAGCCAUGGUGCUAACCUGCAAGCUGUGCCGCAGCAGCGAGCAGGACGAGCUGAUCUUCGGCACUGUGCACGUGGAUGGCAAGAUGAUGGUGCACCGCAACUGCUUGUACCUCAGCUCGAAUCUUAUCCAGCGCGGCGACAGGAACUUGGACAUCAUGAACUUCCGCAAGGAGGACAUCGAAGCGGAGGCCGAGCGCUGCCGUUCGCUUAAGUGCUGCUAUUGCCGCCGCUUGGGCGCCAAUAUUGUGUGCUGCAAGUCGGGAUGCCGUCGCACCUUCCAUACCAAGUGCGGCGCCGAUAAUCUGGCCCAGAACCAGUUCUGCGACACGUACAAGUCGUUCUGCCAUCAGCAUGUGCUGGUGCAUCGCCGCCGUCCGCAGUACAAGAAGGACGAGGAAUGUCUCAUAUGCGCGGAGGACCUGAUUGCCAAGGGCGAGCGCUUCAGCGGGGUGAGCUGCCUAUUCGCGCCGUGCUGCCGCAAUGGAUGGUUCCACCGCAGAUGCCUGCAGCGCUACGCCAACUCGUCCGGCUACUUCUUCAAGUGCCCGCUGUGCAACAACGUUGAGGCGUUCCGCAGGGUGGUAUAUAUGGGCAUCGCCGUGCUGAACCAAGACGCCUCCUGGGAGACUGAGCCGGGCGCCUUUGCUGAGCUGUUCCGCCGCGAUCUCAUUUGCACGGCCACGUGUUGCGUUGCGGUGUCUGGUCGCACCGACAUUGCCGCCAUGCUGGUGUAUUGCACCACAUGUGGCGCCAAUCCGUGUCACUACUUUUGCACGCUGAAGACCUACGAUACCUACGUCUGCAAGGUUUGCUCAGCCGUCACCCCGGAGGCAGUGCCCGUUAUCGAAGUGGACUCGGAUGACGCCGACUCAAUGGACGAUAACAGCUCUCAUCAAGCCGUCACCCACCGUUCAUGGCACGAAAAUGCUGAUGAGAUUCCAGAGAAGCUAUCACCCUCCUUCUGCCAAGAUUGCGGCUCCUCCGACGAUGAUGCCGUCUUUCAACGCGCGCUCGAUACCCAGUCGCAUGGUCGCGUGCAGACCCUCUCCGAUGAUCAACCAUCUACUUCUGCGGCUGCUCGCGCUUUAGCCAGUCGUGAAACUCGCACAUUUGAAUCACAGGGAACGCAAACAACAACAGUGCUCUCACGUGUAAUAACCUCGUUCGCACAGUCGUUUCGCCCUACUACUGCAACUAGGACAUCAACAUCUACAUCCACAUCUACAUUCACAUUCACAUCCACAUCGACAUCCACAUCGACAUUUGAUAACCAGGAAAACACUGCGCCGUCCACAUCGACUAGGCGUCGUAUCUUGCGUCCUAGAUACACCAUGCCAGUUAGAAUCGCCGAGUCGGAUAGCGAUGACAGCGAUGAACAAGAGUCAAAGAGGCACCAACCUUCGCCCACUUCCGCUGCACCGUCGAAUCGCAGGCGUCUAUUGGGCUCCAUCUCGCCGGAGGCGAGCACUUUUGCUGCACGUGCCUUACGUCGCCGCACUUUCGCCAACGCGCGUCCCACGUACGCCAACGCGCAUCCCACGUACGCCAACUUGGAUACAUCCUGUGUGGCCAAUAGGACCCGCAAUCGCUUGCCCGGCCACAUGGCCGCCCGCAGGGAGUAGGAGGACAGAUGGCAUUACGAUUGAUCACACUCGCACAAAUCCAUGUACACAGCAAGAUCAAUAUGGAUUUACUCUGAGUGGGCAGGAUACCUAGAGGGACUAGGAGUUAUCCUGUUCCACUCCCACACUUCCACAUUCAAUUUACACAGUAUCAAUAUGAAUGUAUCCUGAGUUGCCAGGAUACCUGCAGGGACUAGGAGCACAGCAGACAUCACGACACAUAACACUCGCACAUUCCAUGUACACAUCAGUAUAUCGAUAUUGAUGUCUGCUGUGCGGCCAGUUUACCUGCAGGCAUAAGAACGGAUGACACUACGACAGAUCACACUCGAGCAUAGCAUGUACACAUCAGUAUCAAUAUGAAUGUAUCCUGAGUGGGCAGGAUACCUGCGCAGGGACUAGGAGAACAGAUGACACACACACAACACUCGCACAUUCCAUGAACCAUCGCAUCACAUCGACUAGGCUGUGGACCAAAUUCGUGCGUUUGGUUCGCACCUGCUAUUCUCAUUGUAGCUUUGAUUUUCAGCCUUUUGUACAUACAGAAUCCCAUUAAAUUCCUGUUCUCCUAGCGGCAUUCGCUAAUAAGAUGCAUUUACUAAUUUUUUGUUUCGUAAGUAAGCUAAGUAAGUGCUCCUUUGCACAUGUAUAUAUAACUUGUUUACAUGUUUUUACUUUAAGUAGUUGUACACAUUACUUUCCCUCAUCUGACUUUCCUUUCAGCAACUCGCAGUGCCUACACAGUAUUUCAAGUAUUCUAAGCAUUACAUUUGUGUGACUAGCGAUCUAAGAAUCCCUGACCAGUGACUGAACGCUUUCAUAAUACACCUGAGGACCACCGAGCUUAGUAUUUAGGAUUGGAUCGUCUUCAUUUUUGAUGAUCUUAAUGUGGAGAAAAAUGUCCAUUACUUUUACAUCCUACGAUUAGUAUUAUUAAUUCGUUGAUAAAGCGCAUUAUUGCUUAUACAAGUUUUAA